GUUGUCGUGACCCACAGCAGGUGGAUCUGAGCAGCAGCCGAAGUUAAUAACUUGCUGAACCAGGGACAAGGAGGAUAGUGGCAAUUACACAGCAAACUGUGAAACAGUAUUUCUCCUUUGAUACUUCCAAAAUGAAAAUUGAUAUUCAUAGCCACAUUCUACCUAAGGAAUGGCCUGACCUGAAAAAGAGAUAUGGAUAUGGUGGAUGGGUACAGCUGGAUCAUCACUGCAAGGGACAGGCAAAGAUGAUGAAGGAUGGAAAGGUUUUUAGAGUUAUUCAAGAGAACUGCUGGGAUCCAGUAGUACGGAUUAAAGAGAUGGACCUAUCAGGAGUUACAGUCCAAGUCCUUUCCACUGUCCCUGUAAUGUUCAGUUACUGGGCGAAGCCUCAGGAUACUUUAGAUCUAUCCCAGAUGUUAAAUAAUGACUUAGCUGGCACAGUAAAAAAGUACCCCAAAAGGUUUAUUGGCUUGGGUACGUUACCUUUACAAGCUCCAGACCUGGCUGUGAGGGAAAUGCAUCGGUGUGUGAAGGAACUUGGAUUUCCAGGAGUACAAAUAGGAUCUCAUGUCAACGAGUGGGACCUGAAUGCACCAGAACUUUAUGAUAUUUAUGCAGCCGCUGAACAAUUGAAUUGCUGCCUAUUUGUACACCCCUGGGACAUGCAGCAGGAUGGGAGGAUGUCUAAAUACUGGUUUCCUUGGCUUAUAGGCAUGCCAGCAGAAACAACCAUGGCCAUUUGCUCCAUGAUUAUGGGAGGAAUUUUUGAAAAGUUCCCUAAGCUGAAAGUUUGCUUUGCACAUGGAGGAGGUACUUUUCCAUACACAGUGGGGCGAAUCUCCCAUGGAUUCAACAUGCGCCCUGACCUGUGUGCAGUGGAUAAUAAAGUUGAUCCUAGAAAAUACCUCGGUUCAUUUUACACAGACUCUCUUGUCCACGAUCAUGGUGCACUAAGGCUCCUAACAAGUGCAAUAGGAGAGGACAGAGUUAUUUUAGGGACAGAUUACCCUUUUCCACUGGGGGAACUCGAACCUGGAAAACUGAUCGAUUCAAUGGAUGAUUUUGACAAUAAACUGAAGGAUAAGCUCAAGGCUGGCAAUGCUCUGGAGUUUUUGGGUCUUAGCAGGACGCAGUUUGAAUAAGGCCGAAGAAACCACAGAGGCCGAACUUCAGACACAGCCCUGAGCUCUUUAGGGCCGCCUCUCCCCUCCCGUACAUUGAAAUAAAGCCGAUAACACAGC